CAUUUCCACGUGGGUAAAAUAAUUAAUUCCAAAAAGCAACACUCUAACCUCCAAUAUAUCUCAUAUAUAUUCAUCUAUUUCUUUAUUUUCCCUUCCAUACCUUUAUACAAAAAGAUACUUUAUUCGAACGUGAAGCAUCGACUGAAAACAUUUUUAUUUAUGCCCGAAAGCAAGAUCAUACAAUGGAAACAAAAAGGAGAAAAUAGUGAUGAAGAUCAAUAUAAUAAUGAAGAAAAUAGCGAAAAUGAAUAUACUGAUGGUGAGAUAACUGAAACAGAAGAACGUGAAGACAAGAAUUUGAUUGCUGGAACAAAUUCCAAUAAGUCUCCAAAAAAUGUAUCAGUAAAUAAUGAUACAACACGUUUAGACAAAACUGGGGGGAAAAUUAGUGUUAUUUUUGAUAAAAAAAAAACUUCUUAUAGAAAGUUAACAGAAUAUUGGAAAAGAAGAAGAUGGAAAAAAUAUUUAAAGAAAGUUGACAAUGAAUGGCAACUAUUAAAUUUAGGCAUUGAAAAUGUAAUUAAAAAAAUGAUAGAAAGAAACAAUGCUGAAUUAGAAAAAUGGGAAACCCAGCAAGCACAUAAAUGGCUCCACUCAAAUAAUUUAUAUGCACAAUAUGCUUUAUUAUAUAAAAAAAUAAGUACAGAUAUCAUAUAAAUGCCUUCAAUCGUAACGAAUACCAUGUGUAGCAAAAAAAAACUAAUAUUGAAAAAAAAGCAAUGGAAUAAUUGGGUACGAAUAAAAGAAGAUCACUAUAUUUAUAAUAUUGAAAUUUUAUGUAAUAAAGAAAAAAAUGCUUACAAAAAGUCUAUUAUUAAAUGGAUAAAUGAUAUUGCUGACAAUUUUGUUAAGAACCCUCAGUUACGUUUAUGGAUUGAACAACAAGUUAAGCCUUUCCCACGUAAAAAAUUAUUAAAAGGAUCAAAAGUAAAAAGUAUCGAAAGUUCUAAUAUUGAAAUAAAUGCAUAA